AUGCUGGCAAGCUGGGCUGCUAGCCACAGGGCGACUUUCCCUUCCUCCCUUGCCAGAAUGGAGGUCUCAGAGAGUGGAGGAAAUGGACCGUGCCAAGUGGAGAAAGUGGGCCCAGAAGCAGGUCAGACUAGAGAGAAGAUAAGCAUGGGAGACUGGAAUUGCCCAGCUGGGUAUGGCACAGCCAGCCAGGUAGAGAAUGAGUAUUUGCUCAGCAAGGUGAAGGAGGCAAUCCCCUUGAAGAACUGUUCGAGUACCAUACCAGCUGGACGUUUGCUCAUCUGCUACACUGACGGCCUUGAUCAGGACACCUUCAAAAUUUGCAAGGAGUUUCUGAGACCCUUUAAGAAAUCUCUUCGGAAACUGGAUUUGCCCCAAGAGCUUCCCAAGGACAAAAAACUGAAGUACACUAAGAAAAACUUGACCAUCCUGGGGGAUCACAUCAAUAUGUUUCUUCAGCAAUACUGCAAAUCCUGGGAACUCAAACACUGGAAGAAGAUGCUGUGGAGAUUUGUCUCUCUUUUCUCAGGACUUGAUGCCAAACACCUGCGCAAACUGUACAAAUACAGUAAGAGCAACCAAAUGGCGAAGUUUCUGACAUUGUACUGUAGCUCACAAAACCCCGAUUCACUUCCAAUACCCGAAAACACCAAGUUGACGAAGCUGUAUGAUGCAUGGGGCCUCCGUGGAGACAUAAAUAAUAUGCAAGGGAAGCGGAGUCAGAUCCAGUCACAGCCAUCACAAACGAGCCUACAAGGUGACUCAGAGGCAGCAAGUAUGACGAAGAAGAGGCUCUGUAAGACCACUUCAAAGACCAACAAACAGAGAGCACCUCAAACCCUGCACCAUCAGCAAGCCUCCUGGACAAAAAGCAUAGAAUGA